AAAAUCAGUUUUACUUUGACCACUUUCGAGAGCACAACAUGCAGCUGAAUCCAAGGAUUCUGCUGCUGCUUCUGCCACUUGUAGGCGUCUGCCACGCCCAACCCACAAACAGCUUCAAUGACUGGGAAGUCUUCACUCCUCAACCUCUGCGACCUGCGCCUUGGCAGGAGGAACCCAUAACUCAGCGACCAUCAAGUGGUGGAGUGCAGAUUCCCGGUGUGGGAGAGGUGAAUGGAUUGCGUGGGUUUAAAACGAUCAAGAACCGACCCAUCGAUGCCUUUUUGGGUGUGCGUUAUGCCCAAGUGGGCGCACGUCUGGAACGCUUUCAGGAAGCGAAACGUUUGCCGUAUCAGGGUCGCAUCGAUGCCACGCGUUCGUCACCGAAUUGCGCCCAAUUCCCGGAGGUUCAGCGUCUGCAGGAGGCCGAGGCACGUGGCGAGAAUGUCGAUGAUUGCCUCACGUUGAACAUCUAUGCUCCGGCCGGAGCCAAGCAGCUGCCUGUGCUCGUCUUUGUCCACGGUGAGAUGCUGUUCGAUGGCGGUGCCGAAGAGGCACAGCCUGACUAUGUCCUGGAGCACGAUGUCGUCCUGGUAUCGGUCAACUAUCGUCUGGCGCCAUUUGGAUUCCUUAGCGCACUGGAGAAAGCGUUGCCAGGCAACGUUGCGCUAUCCGAUCUGCAGUUGGCCUUGGAGUGGGUUAAAUCUAACAUUCGUUACUUCGGCGGUGAUGCGGAGAAGGUCACUUUGAUUGGACAGGCUGGUGGUGCGACCUUGGCGCAUGCACUCAGCAUCAGUCCACGUACACAGGAUCUUUUCCAGCAGCUGAUUCUGCAGUCGGGAACCGCGCUGAAUCCUUAUCUGUUGGAUGAGCAGCCUUUGGAAACUUUGACCACGUUCGCCCGUCUUGCCAACUGUCCUCCAGUCAAUGCCCGCAAUCUAGGUCCUGUGUACUUGUGCCUGAGUAAUCUGCGCACCUCGCAGCUGGUGAGCGCCUUCAAGCAGCUGCAUGAACAGAACGAACCACGUGGCCUCAGCUCGUUGGGUGGCUUUAAGCUGGUCGUUGGCGAUUCCCUUGGCCUCCUGCCCGAACAUCCUGCAGCGUUGAUUGCCAACAGCAACAAGCUGAACAAGACGAAGCCCCUGAUUGUGGGUGCUGCCAAGGAUGCCAGCGCCUUCAUACUCUCACGUUUCUACGAUCAGAUUCAAAGCUUGCAGUCGACGAACAUCAGCGACUACAUCAACGUUGUGCUCCGUCACACAGCUCCCCCACAGCAGCACAAGAUCUGGCAUGAUUGGGCGAUCCGUGAAAUCUUCACGCCAGAGCAGACGCGCUACGUCAACGCUCGCAGUGUGUCGCAGGGUUUGCUCGAGCUGACCAAUCUGAUUUUGUAUCGUGGACCGGUGAUUGACUCCAUCAGGCUGUCUCACAAAAAGAACCCCACCUAUCUGUACACCUUUGACUACCGCGGCGAACACCAUCGCUUUGGACACCUCGACAAUCCGCUGCCCUUCGGCGUGGAUGCCUCGCUGAGUGACGACUCAGUCUAUCUGUUCCCCUAUCCCGAGGAGGUGAGCAAUCUGAAUCCCGAGGACAAGUCGCUGGCCCGCGCUUUGGUUGCCAUGUGGGUGAGCUUUGCCCAGAGCGGUAUUCCCAAUCCCAAUGCGAACGUUUGGCCCAAGGCUACCUCAGAGUAUGGUCCGUUCCUGCGAUUCACCAAUUCGCGGCAAAACAUUUUGGAACAGGAUCAGCACUUUGGCGAGGGCAUCAAUGUGCCCAGCUUAUACCCACAGCUGAAUGCAGUCGUUGCGCCCACAACAACUACGACAAGGCGUCCGUACUACAGACCGCAGCAGCCACCAACCUAUCAACCACAGCCGCCACAGCAGCCAAAUUACGAGCAACAGCAGCCAACUUACGAGCAACAGCAGCCAACUUAUCAGGAACAGCCACAGCAGGCAGCUUAUCAACCACAGCAACCAACUUACCAACAACAGCCGCCACAGCAGCCAACUUACCAACCUCAGCAACCAACUUAUCAGCAACAGCAGCCAGCUUAUCAACCACAGCAACCAACUUACCAACAACAGCCGCCACAGCAGCCAACCUACGAGCAACAGCAACCAACUUAUCAGCAACAGCCUCAGCAACCAGCACAUCAGCCUCAGCAACCAACUUACGAACAACAGCCACUGCAACCACAGCCUGCUGAGCCCCAAGAUCCCUCCGCGCCACAACAACCAACCUACUAUACUCCCUACUAUUAUGAUUCCCAAGAACAAAGAAGACAGCAACUGCUGCGUGAAUUGGCACUCAAGCAACGAGAGCAACAAGAGACUGAGCAACAACAACGCGAAGAAUUGCAACGUCAAGAGGAGGAGCGCCGACUUGAGCAAAGACAGCGCGAGGAGCAAAUCCAACGGGAACAGUUGAAGCUAGAGCAAUUGGAGCGUGAGCUACGUCAACGCGAACAGCAAGAGCGCGAUCAAUUGGCAAGACGUCAGCAAGAGGAGCGCGAGCAAACUGAACAAGACCAAGAGCAGCGAGAGAAUGAGGCGAGACAACAGCAAGAUCACGAACAGCGACAACGCGAGCAGCAAGCGCGUGAGCAACAGCAGCGGCAAUACCCAGCGCCAAGCGAAACCGAGCAACAGCAGCAAGAGCGACAAUAUCAACGCCACUGGGAACAAGAGCAGAGGUCUCAAGAAGAGCGGGAUCAAGAGGCAAGACAUCAGCAAGAACGCGAGCAGGAAGAACGGGAGCAGCAGCAACGCGAGCAGGUGGCACGAGAGCAACAAGAGCGGGAGUCACAACCUGCUCAGCCCGAGGGUCCUAAUCUUGACGAUUUCCCCUCGUAUGAGGACUAUGUUAAAGCUUACGAACAAUGGAUAGCUGAGCAAAUGAGCCGCUCCGUCCCACAGGCGAAUGUCAGCGCAGAACAGGAUACUGAUGCCGAAGAAUCCCCAGUAAACAAUCACAAUGAAGGACAAUAUGAGUCAUAUGGCUUAGCUCCGCGUCGUGCUAAGCAAAUGCGCAGAUAUCAUCUUCGCUUGUUUUAAAUAUCCAAUUCAUUUUAAUAUUUCACUAAUAAUGUAAAUUCCAAUAUAUACAAUGUAUAAAAAAUUGGUUAAUAAAUAUAAAUCAGCCUUGCUCAAUUUAUUAAAGCAAA